GGACCCGGGGAGUGCCGCUCUGGAGUCGAUCAGCGCUCCUGUUGAGAUGGAAGCCUCCGAUGGGCAGGCGGGCGAAAGGGAGGAGCCACUAGAGCAGGGGACAAACACACCCAGCUUAGAGAGGAGCUCCAGUACCGCCCCAGCCAAAGACUCCCUUGUGUGCCAUGCCAAGGGCCUUGACCAGGACACCUUCAAAAUUUGUAAAGAAUAUCUAAGGCCACUGAAGAAGUUCCUGCGAAAGCUGCACCUGCCGAAGGACCUUCCCCAGAAGAAAAAACUGAAGUACGUGAAGCAGAGCCUGGUGGUCCUAGGGGACCACAUCAACACCUUUCUGCAGCACUACUGCCGAGCCUGGGAAAUCAAGCACUGGAAGAAGAUGCUCUGGCGGUUUGUCUCCCUCUUCUCAGAGCUGGAGGCGAAGCAGCUUCGCAAACUCUACAAGUACACCAAGAACAACCAGACGGCCAAGUUCCUGGUGACCUUCUGCCCCUUGGACGCCCCAGAGAGCUCCUUGCUGGCCGACCAGGAGGACAGUCUGCCCAAGCUCUGCACUGCCUGGGGGCUCCACAGCGACCUCAGCGGCAUGAAGGAGAGGCUGUCCAAGCUGCAGGCCCCGGGCCACCCAGCCUGCCUGCUGGAGGAGCCCAGAGCCAGGGGCCCCUUCGGGAGAGGUUCUAAGCUUCCUGAAAAGCCAAAACUCAAGAGAAAGAGGAUUAAGGAAGCCCCAGACACUCCAGAGACCUGUCCGUAAGAAGACCCAGCUGGGGCUGAGGGCCAGCUUGCCCUGGAUCCUGGGGCACUUGCACUUGGGGGGAGGGGGGUAUGAGGGACCAGUGAGGGGAAAGCGGAAGUUGUCUUUAUCAAAAGGACGCUCAGUCUUAAUUGUGUAUAAAUGGGACAAGGAAAUAAACAUCGCUUAGACAGUUCAA